AUGACAUGUGUGGCCGUUGAGUUUAACAGCUGCUCAGUUGUGUACGGCGGGUGGACUCCGGAAGAACUUUACCGGUUUGCUCCGCACACUGAUGUCCUCGCGCCCGUUCAGGGGUUUCUUGAAAUUGACGAGUCCGUCGUGGUGCGUCCACGUCCGUCCAUGAUGUUUGCCACAUUUGAGACGCUGCGCCGUUUUUGGGAUCCGCAUCCACCCGCGAUGCCGUCAGGCGCCGAGGUGCUGCGUGCCGGCUCCACCUGUUGCAUGCAGGUCUCAUGGAAAAGUGGAGUGUCCUUUCGAGCCGUUUCUGACGACCUCGUCCCUGCGAAGGGUGUGUGGCUCCGUUUUGUCUCCAGUUUCUCUCACCGGAAGUACACCCUGGAACGAACACCGAGACAGCUGGGGAUUCUUCUUCGUGCGCUGCGCGUGAGCUUUCCGCAUCUCUUAGUACCGGCUUGCAGUGAGCCCAAUGUUCAAACUGCACGAGGCUUGCUUGACUUUGUUGAGACCCACGCGGAGGCAGUCUUUGCUUACCUUCCAUUGCUUUUUUUUCUGUAUGAGCUGAGCAAGAAGAGUGUUGGAAACUUUUUUGAUACACUGGAGGAACUAGUGCGGCGGCGACAGUUAAACGAGUCUAAUCUCCUGAAUGCACUGAGACCCAGAGAGGCGUCUUGGUUUGGUUGGAGCGCCCCCAAGUUAACCCUAAAAGAGGAUUCACUUUCUGAGGAUGUGGUGUUUAUGGAUACGCACGCAGCACGACUGCCUGAUUCUUUCAAAGUGAAGUACAUGUUUUC